AAAAAAAUGAGUCAAAAUAGAAGAAAAUCCAGGAGAAAAAGAGAUCAUCCAGUUUGGGAAUAUUUUUCUUCACGUAAUUCAGAUUCCGAUCGUAUUUACUGUAAAGAAUGUAAAGAUCCCCUAUUCUCUUAUAAAUCCAAUACGAGUGUUUCUAAUCCUAAAAGACACUUUAUGUUAUAUCAUAAAGAAAUUUGGAGCCAGAUCGAAAGUGAAUGUAACAAGACAUCUGAUAAGAAACCUCAGAACAUAUCAAUGAAUGAUAUGGAAACUUCAAGCGCAUCAACAAGUUAUGCUGGACCGUCUAACUUUCCAGCUAAUAUGGAAUCCCCAAGUGUGUCAGAGAAUGAUGUGGAAUCUUUGGAUGUGUCGACUGCUGAAAAAGAAAUUAAAAGUUAUACUCUUAAAAAUCUCAAAAAAGUUGGCAUUAGUGGAUUUGUUCCUAAAAAUGCUAACGAAGUAUAUUUAGAAACGGAAGAUAAUAAUCUUGAGAUUGAAGUUCAGGCAGGUUUAUUCAUAAAAUUGCUUGAUGCAAAUUGGAAACAACAAAAUAAAAUCGAACUAGAAUUUGAUACAGAUAAUCCAGGAAAUAAACAAAUAAAGACAAAGACAAAUCCCAUUGUUUAUGAAAUUAGAGAAACUGCCUUCUUAUUAGUUGAUGAUAUACUAUACAACAUUGUUACUCGAGGAUUCCAUUAA